GCAUAGUGCACAAAGCUCUCCUCGCGUUCACUUCGCAUCCGCAUCCGCUCCGCUCCGCCACAUUCCAUUCCGCAGCCGGAGUAACCAGUAACCAGUAGCCAGUGUCCCUCGUCACUCGUCUCCGAUCUCCCGAGAGCAGCUAGCAUGUGGUCGAAAGUUGGCAUCGUCGGCGCCCUGGUCGUGAUGGGCGGCAUCCUCUCCGCCAGCGUGGUGGACAACUUCGCCUACGUGGACCGCUCCCUGCCGGUGGCCAUGCCCAAGGCGAAGGCCUUCCAAGUGAAGCAGGAGUGAGCAGUGAGCAGGAGGUGCCCAGGAGGUGUGGCUGCCGCAGCAGGCAGUUGUUCCUGGACCAGGAACCCGGUGUCCUUCACUGGCCAGUUAGCUACUCCGGCUUGUUGACCGCAAGUGGGAAGUAGUUAGUGCAGGUCCCUACUUAAUUUAUAUUAUAUAUUUUUUUUUCUACUGUAUGUGACUAAUUUAAGGAGUUCCCUAUGCGUAAUAGUAAUAAUAAACAAAUAAAUAAGUGAAACGAA